AUGUCCCCUCCUACUCUACCGAAGGAUUUUCUAUGGGGCUUCGCGACAGCAAGUUACCAGAUCGAAGGAGCUCCGCAUGAAGAUGGCAGAGCAGACAGUAUCUGGGACACUUUCUGCCGCAUCCCAGGCAAGAUCGCCGGCAACGAGAAUGGAGAUGUCGCUUGCGACUCUUAUCACCAGUACAAGCAAGACGUGAAGCUUCUAAAGGAUAUGGGUGCUCGAGCAUAUCGGUUCAGCAUUUCAUGGUCUCGCGUCAUUCCUCUAGGAGGCCGCAAAGAUCCAGUCAACCAAAAAGGUUUGCAGUACUAUGUUGAUCUUGUGGACGAGUUGCUGGCCAACGGUAUCGAGCCUAUGGUCACGUUGUUCCACUGGGACCUCCCUGAAGCGCUUGACCAGAGAUACGGCGGUCUUCUGAACACGGAAGAGUUCGUUGCCGACUUUGAGCAAUACUCUCGAACCAUCUUCCAGGCCUUGGGAGAGAAGGUCAAGUACUGGGUCACUUUCAACGAGCCCUGGUGCAGCUCGAUUCUCGGUUACAACGAAGGUGCCUUUGCACCAGGCAGAACCAGUAAUCGCUCAAAGUCGUCAGUCGGUGACAGCAGCACGGAGCCGUGGCUGGUAGGACACAAUUUGCUCAUUGCCCACGGUGCAGCUGUAAAGGUCUACCGUGACGAGUUCAAGCCGAGUCAGAAAGGACAGAUUGGAAUUACUUUGAACGGUGAUUGGGUUGAGCCUUGGGAUCCCGAAGACCCCAAGGAUGUUGAGGCCUGCCAGAGGAAGCUCGAAUUCUCGAUCGCCUGGUUUGCCGAUCCCGUUUACCACGGGGAUUACCCUGAAAGCAUGCGCAGACAACUUGGAGAUCGCCUGCCAAAAUUCACGCCAGAGCAGCGAGCAUUAGUCCAGGGAAGCAACGACUUCUACGGCAUGAACCACUACUGUGCGAACUACAUCAAGCACAAAUCCGGCGAGCCAGAGCUGCAAGACUAUCUCGGAAACCUCGAAUCUCUGCUUUCCAACAAGGAAGGUCAAGACAUUGGCCCCGAAACUCAAAGCCCGUGGCUGAGGCCGUAUGCCAUCGGCUUCAGAAAGCUGCUCAAAUGGAUAUCUGAUCGCUACGGGCGUCCCGCCAUCUAUGUCACCGAGAGCGGCACGAGUUUGAAGGGUGAGAACGAUCUCUCGAAGGAGAAAAUCCUUGAAGACGACUUCCGUGUGUGGUACUUCAAGGAAUAUGUUACUGCCAUGGCAGAUGCAUACACCAACGAUGGCGUGGACGUUAGAGGAUACAUGGCCUGGAGUUUGAUGGACAAUUUCGAGUGGGCCGAAGGAUUCGAGACUCGCUUCGGCGUCACGUUCGUUGACUACAAGAAUGGUCAGCAGAGGUUCCCAAAGAAGAGUGCAAAGGCCAUGAAGGGCCUGUUCGAUUCUCUCAUGCUCGAGUCGUAG